GUAAAAUCAAUGACAUGUUUCCAAAUACGAUGUACGUUAACUUGUUUUGGUCGUAUUGAAAACUUCUCUCAGAAACUCCAUCGUAUGUGCUGUGAUGGGUUCUGCUCCGUGGCUGAUAGAAUGGAGACUAAUGGGACCGACGAGGUGGAGAAACUGAAGUCCAAGUUAAUGUCAGCAUGGCACAAUGUGAAAUAUAGUUGGGUUCUUAAGUCAAAAACUGCCUUCAGCCGUAAUUCUCCUGUUUUCUUGUUGGGGAAGUGCUACCACUUCAAGGCUGUGGAUGUUGAGAGCCCUACUGAGAGUUGUACUGCUGAGGCAUUAGAUGACGAUGUUGUCACAGGUAAUGUUGAUGGAUUUCGAAAGGACUUCACCUCACGAGUUUGGCUGACCUAUCGGGAAGAGUUUCCUGACCUUCCAGGCUCCACUCUCACUUCAGACUGUGGGUGGGGUUGUACACUCCGGGCAGGGCAGAUGAUAUUGGCCCAGGCUCUCUUGCUCCACAUCUUGGGUAGAGACUGGACCUGGUCAGAAGCACUGACCUUGGAGCCCCUGGAUACAGAGACAUGGACCAGCAGUGCAGCACGAAGACUGAUGGCCACAGUAGAGGCCUCCAUUCAGGGGGAAAGAGCGCAGGUCACCCAGCAGCCUCUCUGUGCUGCUCAAGGAGGGGCUGAGGAGGCUGACUCGUACCUGCAAGAGGCAUAUCACCGCACCAUUGUGUCCUGGUUUGGGGACAGACCCUCAGCCCAGCUUGGCAUCCACAGUCUAGUGAAGCUAGGAAUGACAUCCGGAAAACAUGCAGGAGAUUGGUACGGCCCAGCAGUGGUGGCACACAUACUCCGAAAAGCUGUUGAUGAAGCAGUAGAUGCAAUGCUGAAAGGGAUAAGCGUUUAUGUAGCACAGGACUGCACCGUGUACAGUGCUGAUGUUACUGAUAGCCAUUCAGGGCGGACGGGCAGCCACUGUGAUCCUCAGGGACUCAAUUCUGAAGCUGCCUCUGAUAGUAGAGCUGUGAUCAUACUCAUUCCCGUGAGACUCGGUGGAGAGAAGAUCAACCCACAAUACUUAAGCUUUGUCAAGAGCAUAUUAAGCUUAGAGUACUGUAUCGGCAUCAUUGGCGGAAAGCCUAAACAGGCCUACUAUUUUGUUGGAUUUCAAGAUGACAGCUUGAUUUACAUGGAUCCUCAUUACUGUCAGUCUUUUGUGGAUGUCAGCACAAGCGAUUUCCCUCUGCAGUCAUUUCAUUGCCCAUCACCAAAGAAAAUGCCUUUCAGUAAAAUGGACCCAAGCUGUACAAUUGGAUUCUACUCAAAAAAUGUUGAACACUAUAAAAGAAUUAGCACUGAGCUGUCAAAGAUAUUGCAGCCUUCAUCGAAAGAGAAGUACCCUGCAUUCACCUUUUUGAAGGGACACGUGAAGGAUUAUGAACUUUCAAUUGCUGUAGAAAAGCAAGAAUGGCCUUUCAUCAGGGACACAAGGACAGCAGGGACAACAUCAGGGGACUUUGUGCUGCUCUGACACUUCAAACCAGUAAUCCAAAACCAAGUGAUACACCACAAAUCAAGACUGGAUCAGUCUGUAUUUACGCUGUGGGUCUAAACUAUAGGAUUCUUUGCUACACGAUCCUCAUGCCAUUUCAGAAAAAGCCCAUUUAAAAAGACCGCAAGCAGUGCAUGAGUUGACCAUUUCACUGAACUCGUACUGAAAUCAACACAUCUGUCAGCAUGUGCAUGAAAGCAAAGUUUGAUAAAGAGAUGGUAUAGUCAUAGUCUGGAGUGCACAUGGACCACAUUUGAUUUGAUUACAAUUAUAUUUACAAUCUAAACACGUUUUUUUUUAACAAGAAAAACUUCAUGUUUCUUUUCUCUGGGUACAUGUAGUUUAUUUAUUUUUUUAACAACAAAUCAAAACGCCUAUCUAGUCUACUUUUUGAAAUUUAUACAUGAUAUAGUGAUAUAACGUCAUAGAACUUAUAUUUUAUGUUGACAUGUUUUAUGUUUUCUUAACUGGAAGGAUAAUGUGCCUUCACGAGUGAGUAGAAAUCACUGUAUCACAUAUAACUAAAUACAGAGCCUAAAUAACUCUUAAAUGAUGUUUGGCAGUGGUAGCCAUGUUGAAAAGCCCUCUCUGCCACCUGCUUUUUAAGAAAUAUUAAAUCCAUAGCGCAUUGAUAUGCACAGAAACUGUGCUUAAUAUAAGAUUUAAAUUUUAACAACAAAACAGUGGUAUUAUCCCAAUAUGUGAAAGGAUCAUUUAAGAGCUGCAAAGAUCUCAUUAGUCUUUGAUAGCUCAGUGUGUUAUUUUUUUAAGGUGUAAUGGGAAACAUAAACCAGCAUGAAUCAAGGAGUAAUUUAUUAUUAAAUUAUGCCUUAUUUAUAUAACUUCAGUUUUUUUUUUCAUGGUUGCAUAUCAUUUUAACUAACUUUUCAGCUUGACGAAAUUGUACUGACAUAUCAUUUGUUGUGAUUAACUUUAAUUUUUGUUACAAACACCUUUGAACCAAAGCACUCUGCAUU